AAACCUCCAACGCCAACUGCCCUUUCAGCUAUCAGCUAAUACUAAACCAAAUCAUUCACAAAAUGCAAAAUGCGACGUCCUACGUAAUAUUAUAUUACUCUAAAUAAUUCAGCCAUCAUGUCUUCCAAGAAACUCACCGACUUUCCCAACGUCGAGGCGAAGCUCCAUAAACCCUCCAAACAAUCCGCGUUCGAGAAGCAGAAGGCCGAUGCCGAGGCUAAACGUAAGCGAGAAGCUGCCGAGACCGCUGCGGUAUACGAGAGUUUUGUGAAGAGCUUCGAUCACGACGACGAUGAUGAUAGCAACACGGGGCCUCCUUCUCGUCAACAUGUCGCGUAUGGUGCUCGACCUCCUGGUGGACCUCAAAGUCGCGAAGGUGGUAGGCCAGCACCGCCAAAGAGGCAUUUCGGUACCGGGCUAGGUGGUGCGCCAGGGUUGAAGAGCGGUCCUGGAUCUCUGGGUCCUGGGCCAACGUCAUUUAGCAGCAAGAGGAGGUUCGAUAAUGAUCAGCAAGGAUUUAAUAAAAGAGGCGCGGAGAAUACUCGGGGUCGACUUGGAUUUCACGAUGAUGAUGAUAGUGACGACGGUCACGUCUCACGCCCUAAUAAAGUCAUUUCGAAAGUCUUCAAUGCGAGCGACGACGAAGGCGACACGAGAUCUAGGGAUUUAGCUGAGCAAAAAGCUAUAGCGAAGCCGACACUCCGUUUAGCGAACCUCCCGCCGGGGACAUCUCCUGCAGUCAUAAAGGCUCUCAUACCGUCAAACUUGACCGUGGAAAAUGUGAAGAUGUUGCCUUCUACUACAGGAAGUACCGAGAGGAAAUCCAUAGCUGCUAUUGUCACUUUAUCCAAAGAAACCCCCGCUACGGAAAUCGACGCAGCCGUUAGUUCUCUCCAGAACCGAUACCUAGGCUACGGUUUUUAUCUAUCGCUACAUAGACAUCUAUCCUCCGCUGUGGUGUCUAGCACGGCUACGUCAACCCUCACUUCCUCGUCUACCUCGCAUCCCUUCGGCGCAAAGCCAGUCCCGCAGGCUAAUGAUAGCAAUCCUCAUCACCCGGGCGGGUUCCACCGUGGGUUUGCUCCACCGUCAUCCUACAGUACGGCGGGAGGGCCAAUAAGUCGAACCAUCUUCCAUGUCCCAGUGCAAGCGCCCAAAGACAUUAAGCAGCUCCAGUUAAUCCACAAAGUGAUUGAAUCCGUACUAGCUCAUGGCCCAGAGUUUGAAGCUCUUUUGAUGUCACGACCCGACGUGCAGAAAGACGAGAAAUGGGCCUGGCUCUGGGAUGCGCGUUGUGAAGGUGGUGUCUGGUAUCGGUGGCGACUCUGGGAGGUUGUUACAGGGGGGCAGGCUAAGGUAGGAAGACGAGGAAAAUACAUACCGCUAUUCGAAGGCAGCCAUGCUUGGAGAGUACCCGAGAAGGACCUGCCGUAUGAGUACGCUACCGCCAUUGAUGAAUUCGUGUCCGACCCGGAGUACAACUCCUCUGAUGAAGAAGACUAUGAGGACGAAGGACAUAAAACAAUGGACGGUGGGGACAACGAUAACACUUACUUGAAUCCGCUUGAUAAAGCGAGAUUGACACACCUGCUAGCUCGUCUCCCGACAACAUUGACAAAGAUUCGGAAGGGUGAUAUCGCUAGGGUGACAGCUUUUGCUAUUACACAUGCAAGCAGGGGUGCGGAUGAGAUUGUAAACAUGAUUGUGACUAACGUCAUCAAGCCAUUUGCGUCGACAUUAGCAAACCCAGAACGUAGCAGAUCUAACAAGAAUGGAGACGACAACGGCGAGUCGCAUAAUUCGACACCCUUCCCGGACGAUGCGACUACGAAGGCUAGCGAAACUCAAGACACCAGUGCUGCAAGUCUUAUUGGAUUAUAUGUAGUGAGCGACAUUCUCUCCUCAUCUGCCACGAGCGGAGUUCGGCAUGCCUGGCGGUACCGCCAGCUCUUCGAGACAUCUCUCAAAGAUAGCAACGUCUUUGAGAUCUUAGGGCUUACGGCGGAACGUCUCAAUUGGGGUCGUCUAAGAGCGGAUAAAUGGAAACGAAGCGUCAAACUAGUGCUGAGUCUAUGGGAAGGGUGGUGCGCGUUCCCACACGAGAGCCAGCAGCUUUUCAACGAGACGUUCGAAAACCCUCCGAGUGCGAAGAAGGAGGAGCAGAUUGACGAGACUGCUAAGAAGGGUAAAUGGAAACCUGUGGAGGCUGGCGCCUCGGUUACUACGCAAACUGAAGGGAAGGGGUUUGUGUCUUUGUCCACAGCAGGGGAAUUGAGACAUGACGAGGAGACGUCUAAGAUGGAGAUUGACGACGUGGAUGGCGAGGCGAUGGACGAAGAUAUGUUCAUCAAUGAGGCGGACAUGGAUACCGAUAUCGAUGGUGUCCCAAUGGAUGACAGCGAAGAUGGAGAACCCAUGGAUGAAAGCGUAGUGACAGUCGCUGAACGAGACGGUUCUGCUGCCAACGCAGAGGACAAGGCGCGCGAAAGCAACGAAGGAAAGGGCAAUGAAGGGAAGGAUAAGGCCAGUUCAAGCAACUUGUCUACGGAGCAAUCAACUGAGUCCCAAACCAGAAGACGUAUGAGAGCUGUCGAUAUGUUCGCCGACUCCGAUAAUGAAAAACAAUGAAGAAUAAUACGAUUACCUUACGAAACGGACAUAUCUAACUCCUUUUGGACACCAUUGGCGACAGAAUUGGAUUUAUUUAGCAAGGUUGGGUCUUGCUUUAACGAUAAGCUCUUCGUCAGAAGAGUUGGACCUGGACUGUGCUCUAUAUCGAAAAUGCGGCUCUUGUCGAGUUUCAACCAGACCAUGAACCAGAUCUGAUAGCUGUAGAUUGUGCACGAAAUAGAGCAACAGGUACCAAUGGUAACGUGCUGCGACAAAGCCGCCUAUUUGGUAUAAUACCGGGGCCUUGAGCCGGCGAAAAUUCCAGCAGAGGUCUAAGGUUCA